CGGAUUCCAAGUCGAACCUGUCUUUGCUUGCCUAGCCUAGCUCCCUAGCUGGGUUCUUUCUACGUACUCCUCAGACGACUGGAACGAGCGUGUUGCACAUCGAAACCGAGCCCACAAUGGAGCAAUUCAUGAGCUGCUCCGUCCAUGGCGUUUCUGCUUGAGGCAUUCUUUGGCCCAUGUCGCCCGGAAGCUGCAUGCUCCAACUGCAAGGAGCAGGAAGCCGAGCUGCUGACCUCCGCCCUCAUCGAGAGGCUGGAACGCGCCAACUCUUCGGUGGAAUCCCAUCCUGGUCAGCUUGGAAAUCAGGCCCAGGUGCGCAAAGGCAGUAUGGGUGCUUUGUCUGGCUUAAGGACACUACAGGUGCCACCCGAGUUCGAAGGGGCUCAGAAGCGAGUCCUCCAGGGAGCCAAUGGCGAUCUUUCCGAUCAGAAGGAACAACAGCGGUGCCUGCAGGUCUGCGUGCGUGCCUUCACCAAGGCACUCUUGCAAGGCGUCAACGUUUGCGUGCUCCUGGAUGAUCAUCGGACACGCCUGGCGGAGGCGCGCCUGGAUUCGGAUCUCACCCACUUGGUGCUCCAUGUGCCCCACACGCAGCACCCGGUGGCCUUGAGGUGCAUCGAAGGUGUGUCUUGUCCAACUUCCACUUGGCCGACAGUGAGCUACAGCGAGGCCACUCUGACGAUUUUCGGUGGGCAGUACUUGACCUUUGUCUUCGACAACACUCGGGUCCGGGAGUACUUCGAGAUGUGCCUCAAGGUUCUCAUCCUUGCCAAAGGCAGGAUGAGGGACGAGGAAUACAAAGAGGUUUCCGAACAGAGCCCGAAUAGCGAGCCUAAGGUCGAGAUCUCCUCCUGUUGAGCGCUUCGCCUCGCCGGGCCGAGCGGUAGGUCGCACACACGGCGAAGAAAAGGGCGAAGAAAA